GUUGCUGCUGCCGCUGCUGCUGCUGCUGCUGCCGCCGCCGCCGCCGCCGCUGUUGCCGCUGGUGCCGCUGCCGCCGCCGCUGCUCAUGAUCAUUAUUUUACCUUUUAAUUCUUUUUUUUUCCGCUCUUGCCAAAUGCUUUGGCUCCAAGUUUUCUAUGUGUAUCUAUUAAUAUAAAUGUAUAUAUUUAUUUAUUCUAGCUGUCAGGUGUUAAAAUAAAUGCCGAAGAUUAGUCCCAUGUCUCUCCCACUCUAGGAUGUAGAUUUUUAUAUAUUUAUUAUUAUUAUUAUUAUUUUUGUUGUCUUUGAGUGAAUCGGCCGGUUUGGGGAGGCUUUGCCACCCUCCCUUGCGUUGUUUUGGUUUUUGAAAAGGAGGUGGAGGAGAGGAAGGAGGGGAGUUAGGGGGCGGCCGGAGCAGAGAGGACGAGACAGUGUUUGGGGGGUGAUCCGGGCAAGUCUGGGGGCUGUCUGGCCCCAGACGGCGGAGAGGACGCGCGCUCGCGCUCUCGCUCUUUCUGCUGCUGCUUGCGUACGGCUUGUGAUCUCUCUGGAUUCGUGCGGCUGUGUUUUUCCCCUCUUUUCUUGCUUGCAAACUGCUUUCCUUGCUCCUGCCUCCCCUUCCCUCCCUCCUCUUUUUCCUAGCCUCUUCUUCCUUCCCUUCUCUUGCCCUUCUGGGUAACUCCGGGAGGCGAGGAGAGAGGCUGGCCCGCUCGCUCGCCGCGCUGGCUCCCUUCCACCGGCCUCGGUCCUUUAGAUUCUCUGCCUGCUAGCCGAGCCGCGAUUUGGGAGGAAAAAUCCAAGCGAACUCCUCCUUUUUUUUUUUUUUUUAAUUUUUUGGGUCAUAAAACCAAAUGAGAUGAAGUAUCGUGUCUACUAUUUCCUUUCAGAGCCCUCAUCUUCUUAACGAGAGACGAGUGUCUUGGUGUCCUCUUCCCCUGUAUUUAGGAGAGGGUUAGCUUGCAUGGGGGCGGGGAUGUUGAAUACUUUUAAAAUUAUUCUUUCUCGGUUGUAGUCGAGGGAGUCGGAACCUCUGCGCGCUCUUUCUGCCCAUGGCGAGGAGAGAGGCUGAUGGCGGGACAGGGAUUUGGGGAGUGGGUGGGAAAGGGGUGCGCAUUUGCACCUGCGGUGCCUUUCAGCGUGCGUGAAACCUUGACAGGACAGCCUAAGAGAGAGAAGGUGGCAGGAUUUCUGGCGGCCGAGAUAUUUGUAUUUUGGGCGCUGCGUGACUCUGUGUUGGCUCCCAAUGGCUGUUCCCUCCCUUUCCUAAAUUUUAUUUUAUUUUUCCCAUGGUGCAAGCUCUGUGAAAAGGAAACUGCGGACUUGACCGUAGUGGACGCCAGGCUUGAGAUUCCCGAGGUCCUUACGCUGGGCGAGGGGAAAGACAAACAGAGCCCCAGCCCACGUCCCUUUCAUACUAGACCCGGGAGGAGAGAAGGGCACUUUGUGGCUAUGUCUGGGGGACCCCGCGCGGGAAGAUCGGGCGCGGGCGCGAAAGGGAGAUCUUUGUGAGUGAUUUUGCAAAAAUAGACUGCGAGGUUGGUUGGAUUUGCAACCUGUGGCUCUCCUCGAGGGAAUAGGAAUGGGGGAAGGCGGCGGCGGCGGCGGCCCGGGGCGGGAGCUGGUAGGGAGUCGAAGGCUCGGAAAGAAGCUGCGCGCGCGGGCAGCAGGAGCUAGGGGCCACCCCGCUGCAGGAUGUACUGACCGUGGUAAAUGUCUUUGGAACUGUGCGUUGCGUUGCCUUUAUGAUGCCAUGUUAUAGGAACCCUGGCGAAAAAAAUAGAACUAGUGUUUCAAUUAUGAGUUUUAAAGCUCCCCCAUGGAGAGCAAGAACACAACCGUACUGAUUUAAAAAAAAAAAAAGAAAAGAAAAGAAAAACAGACCAUAUGUGUGUGUCCCCCUCCCCGCAAUUGUUAUUAAUUGGAGGUGGGGAUGGUGGAAGUCCUGACACUUGAGCAAGAGAAAUGACCCCAAAUCAGGUGCUGAGAAAGUUCUAAGCUGUGAUAGGGUCCCUGACCAUCUCAGAGCCACUCACUGCUCCCCCUACCCCACUAAUUUAAUCUUUUAUGUACUUAAAAAAAAUGUUUAUAGUUUCCAGUAGGAAAAUCUUAUUGUAACGCUUUACUUUUACUUUUUUUCUUCUGUAAGUGAAGUGUCAGUACAUGCGUUUUUACAGUCUAGAAAAAAAAAAGUGGGGCAGGAGAGAGGGAACCAGGGAAAGGGCUGUUUAGAAAUACAGUUUGUGGCUCUGAGCGAUGCCACCGGCUUCCUCUACAGAGACUGCCAGUUUCCCUUUUUCUUUGCAAGGUGUGUGUGGUUUUAAUAAAUAACUUAAAAAAAUAAGAGGGGGCCCGGCAAGCUCCAUCAGGAGACAGGUAUCUAUUUUGCUCACUAUUUACUACCAAGAGCCUUUGGCACUGGAACAGAACCUCGUAAAUCUGCAGCCCAAGUUGAAGUUCAUCUGGCCCUAGUCCACACGCUAUUCCUGGAGGUAGCAAACAUGAGCUCAAAGGAGCGAGGUGAAAUCACAUUCUUGCUUUAAAAUAUAUGCUUUUUUUUUUCUUUAAGAAGAAAAGAUACUUGUUUCUGGGAGAGGAGGAAACGGAGAGAAAUGCCAGGAGAAGGGCAUUCCUUUGCUAUAAUGACUGCAGUUGAGUCUUCAGGCCAGAAUAGAAACUUGUAGAUGGGAAAAAUACCCCCACCCCCAAGUUUAUAAAUAGAAGUUUCCAGUAUCCUAUUUGGAAGAUUUUCCAAUACUGAGUACCCAAGUAUUGGCUAAUUUUCAGGGUCUGUUGAUAGCGACAGUAAAGCUAUCAAUGUUGUCCAUAAAAACUAAGCAACUUUUAGGAGGACACAGUCAGGGCAAGUGGGAAUUUUCCAACUAUUCUUUUCCUCCUCUGUUCCGUUUUGAAUGGUUUUACCCCUUACUUUCUUGAAAAGGAUGUCCGAUUUAUUCUGGAUUUGGUAGAUAGGGCUAGGACUCUAGAUUCUUAAACUGCCGUUUUGCUGAGGGCUUGAAGAGUUCCAGUUAUUGGUUGAGUAAAUGGUAGCCAUGGCUAGAUGUCAAAACCCUUCCUUCCCUCUCUUCCACUGCGGGGUAGCUACACUCACAACCCACUUUGUUGAGAAAAACUUAAAAUAUUCAGAGGAGGUAGUGCGGCAGCGCCACCCCCCGGUGGGUGAAACUACUGGCAAAAGUAAAAUAUUUGAAAAAUACUGUGAAAUGAUUUUAUGAGCCUCCCCCAUUUAAAAAAUUAGAAGUGAUAAAACCUUUUAAAAAGAGACUUUGUAAUUGAAUCUCUCCAAUAGAGAAGAGAAAGUUCCUUUCCUCCUAGGAUGGUGUCAGAAUAGGCAACAUAGUUCCAGUAAUUUGGGCUGGGGCGUGUGCCUGCUUGGCUGUAAGUAGAAAAGUUCUCUAGGUAGAGAUAGUCUGCCUUCCCCUCUUGGUCUUCACUUCUUAGGGAAUCUGAAUUCUGCUCCUCGUCUGACGUUGAGAAAAGGAGGAAUGUUUGGUGUAUAAACCGUCGUGGCUGGAAGUACUGUAGUUUUGCCGGCGGCGGCGGCGUAUGUGGGUGUGUGGUGGGGCUGGGGGCAGAGGUUUGUGGAUGGCGUGGAGAUAACGGCAGGCUGGUCUGUAGCCCUCUGGGAGUCAAAGCAGCAUGGCGCGUGCGGUUUUCCAGCACUGCGCAACAAGUGGGACCGCAGCCUAGGCGAUCCGAGCGAGGGUGCUGUGUGGUGGCAGAGCUGGCCGGUUUCUCUUCGUCCCGGAGGAAGCUAGGAACGGCUCCUCCCAACCCUCUCUGUCUUCCAGUCCGAGACCAGCAACCAGUUCCUCACAGACCCGGUUCCCCACACGCAACCCCACCCGGUUGCCAGGCGCAGUUAGCCUGGGUGGCACCCAGGUCCCCUUUCUCCGUGGGGAUCAGGAGUUUAUUCUCGACUUUCUUUGCUGGUCGGCCAGUGUUUGGCAAGAGCCUCUGCUAAUACCAUCGAGUGCCAUUCUGCCUUUUGAAGACAAGUGCACUCUUUUCGUUUUUUUUUUUUUUUUCUCCUUCCCACUACAUUCAGCUUUGGGGGUGGGAGAAUCAACCUGUGUUACAAGAACCGCCGCUCCAGAUACUGCGUGGUGGUUGCUAGAUACGUGAGCAUUGGAAAAAACGGAAUUACAUCCACUAAAUUAAAUGUUUUCCAGCUUUGAUUUUGAAGGCAAGCACACCCCCAACCCUACCAGACGGGGGAGGGGGGAAAUAGAGGGUAGGGGGUUCUGGUUUUGAAGGCUCUGGCCACCUGGGGAUUCUCGGACGGACUGAGUCCGCCACCUAGUGGUGGACGUGAUCGAGUUUUCCGCCUGGGGCGGUGGGCCAACUGGUUCCCAAACCUUUGGGGUCCUGACCAGCUGCUAGGGCUGCCAGAGGAAGACACCUACCUAUCAAUGGCGAUGGCAUACGACUUCCAAAGUUUUGAGAAGACAGAUGAAAGUUAGAAAUGCCCCAGAUGCGCACCUCGUCCACGAUCACCCAGAGUUGGGCUUCUAGCUCCACUAAGAGAAACCGUAAAAUAACCCGCUUUGAAUAUAGCAUCUCCCUCUCACCCUGGCCUUUCCCAGGGGAAGUCUGUAAUGGACGGAUACCCUCUAGGAGCUCAGGGGCUUUAGGACUGAAAACUCUUGAGGAAACAAGCCUGGUGGAGGUGGAUGGGGGGAUGUUUGUAGUAAGUGACCUUCAUAAGGACCAGAUUUUGAGCUUCUGGGUUUGAGUUAAGUGACUUAAGUUCAAAGGCGAGUUUACCUGCCCUCCUAUGAAGUACGGUAGAAAGCGGAGCAGCAUCCAGAGCCAUGAUUUUAACCUCUUGGGUCACCUUAGUUGCCUGCGAACACUGGAAAAGGUUCCCCAGAAGUCUUGGAGGAUUUCGUUUAGAAAGAAUGGCCUAAGAUUUUCGGUAAAAGACAUGAAUAUCUUGCAGUGGUGCUGGGAGUAGGGGGCAGUCCCAAAGCUCCGAGAGGGUGGUGGUAUGUGUGUGCUAGGGAGGUGGUUACGGCCUAGACAAGGAGACUUUCAGAGGUGUGCUGGCUGCACCAGAGGCUCACUUUUGGAUCUCGUCCCCUUACUUCUAUCCUUUGCUUCGUGGCCCGGAACUGUGUGUGUGUGUGCGUGUGUGUGUCGGGGGUGACAUGUGGACGAGCAUUUCGUAGUCUUCGUAGCAUUUGUGCCACAACAGCGCGUCCUUAAAGUUUUCUUUCCCAGAGCUCGUGACUUAAGAUGGCAAACCUGUGUCCGCGCACUGGCGGCCCCUAGCGGCGGCUGCGCGCUCCUCCGCGGGGCAAGCCGCGGUCUCCCCCGCCCAGUCCGCUGGGAUCUAGUUCAGCCUCUCCCACUGCCGGAACCGUCCGAGGCCGCGUCGGAGAAACGCGCCUCUGUUCGGGCUGGAAACGAAUCUGGGAACGUGUUUGAAGCGCGGUCAAGUUUGACUCAUCGUUUUCCAAGGACAGUUAGUGCCUUCCAUCUUCAUUAACGCGAAUAAAGACCUUGGCUGACUUUUGUCCAGAUCGGAUUUUUAAAGGCAUUGUUUGCUUGAGGAGAUCACGCCUCUCUCCUCCCCCGCCGGCCUUUUUGCAAAGCCUGAGCCCAGUUCAGUCAGGAUGGCCGAGGGAGCUCUGCCUAGGAACGUAGUUUGCUGGCAUUGUCUGCAGGCCCUUCGUCUCCCGGGCGUAUGGGGAGCGCCCCUUCGGCAGCUUCUCUUCAGAUCUUGAAGAUAAAAUACAUCCCUCUGUUUUAUUGCAUUUCCUAGAAGCUUGCAGGUUUGCAAGAGCGCUGUUGGCAGGAAACGUUAUAGAAAUGAAAGUCAGGACAUCAUGUCCCUGAACACCUCGGUUACCCAAAGCCGCUGCUGAGGCCAUCGCAUUGUCAGAUUGGCUUUUUUUCUACUGUUGCCGCCCCCCACCCCCAGCAACCUUCUCUCCUCUUCGCCCCAAUCAAAAGGCAAAAAGUGUUUUCCCCCAAGAACAAAAGCAACUCAGAAGAUUGCCCCAUCCCCUGCUGCUGGACGUCUGUGGCUAGAUCCCUGCAGCUCGUUGUCUGGGACCAGUAACCCUCCCGCCGGAGCACUAGUGUGGGCUUCACUGCGGCAGCUCAAGCCUCAUUAAAAUUCCUUAUUCUUGUCCCUAACCAGUGCUUUGCACUUUCAAAUUUACCAUUUGAUUUUUCAGCGAGUUAUUAAAGUUAUUAGAUUACCAAUAAUCCAGCGGCUGGCCUGGCUAGAGAGGAUGGGGGAAGGGCAGAGGGCAUUCUCCAAAUCGGGAAGCUCUGGCCAAACUAGGUCAAUGGGAAAGAGGGGCGGGGCGAGAAAGGGGUUAUGGGUUUCAAGCCUUGAUGGAGGGCUCUCUCUAGUGUCAGGCAGUGGUAAAAACACGUUUAGGUUUGAGGUCCCGGAACCACUGGACUCCCAAUUUCCAUUAAGUCCAUUUAUUUAAUUUUAACUCCCAAGAUUCUCACCCCCACCUCAGAAAUAAUUCCAGCUUCCUACUUCACCUUUAUCUUACUGGGCAGAGGAAUAAGCAAGCCUCAAAGGAGGAUUUUGAGACCUAAGGAGCCAAGUCUUUACGAACAGACUCUGACCCCUCCGCCGCCGCAGACUGAAUGCAAGGCGCAGUGUGACGCCACCGCUACUUUUAGGACUGCGGCCUUUGAAGCGGAGUCUUUUCGGGUUCCCUGUGUCCUGAAAGCGCCUUCUGCAGCCCUCUACCCAGACUAAUUUGGAGAUGGCGCCUAGGGAUUAUAAUUCCCAGGGAGGCCACGGGAUGGCGAGGCAAUUUCGGAGUAUGCCAAGGCGGGCGCUGGGGUCGGCGCCCCGGCCUCUGUAGAGUCCAAACCGUGUCUCUAUGGUUUCGGGGAAAUCGUUUUCGGAAAUCCCUAAACCUGUCCAGGUUUGGCCUGGCAGCUCCUAUUCUAUCUAAAUACUUUGGGCGGAAACCAAGUCGAGCUGGGUUCCCGUUCUUGCCAACGUAGGCGGAAGGGACUUUCGGUUUAGUUUUCCUCCAACUCGGCUGGGGCGUGCAGGGUGGAGACGUUAAACCCUAGGGACUCCCAUCUUUUUAACUUUGACAUCUUGCCUAGGCAUCUCCUAAAAAGAAGUUUCGGGGGGGGGGCAAAAAAGAGGAAAAAAAGGGUAACAAACGCCGGAAUUGGGCAACUUGGAGUCAGGAAAUGAGUCUGGGAUUGAAACCAAACUCCCGGGUUCUAGACUAGCUCUGCUACUUAACUUGUCUCAUUUCCCCGUUUAUAAAUUGUUGUGUGCUUGGGGUUGGAUUAGGUGAACUAUGAGAGUCCUGGACCCGGCGCAGACGAGGGAUUUAGGGGAAAGUGCGCCCUAUUCCCCGCAAGCCUUCCCAGGCCGAGCCCGCCUCCCUCCUCCCCCGCCCCCCCCCGCCCCGGUGAAUCCCCGGCGGCCAGCGCAGCGCGGGCAGCGAUCCUGGCGGCAGUCGGGGCCCGGGCAGCUUCCUGGAAAGUUACUUCUUGUUGGAGCAGACGAUAGGCAGAGAGUAUUCUGUGAAAUCCGCAGAGCGGAGAUCGACUCCAUUCCGGGAAUGAGAGGGCUGUGCCAUUCCCCUCCCUGCCCCCUGCUUUGACGGAGUGAAGGGGGUGGGAGUGGGGGGCACGAACACAAUGUUAGCUACCGAGGUGCCCGAAAAGUUUUAUUUGAAUGUAAGUAAAUUUAAGGCCAACACCGUCAUCCCACGGCGCCUCCACCGCAACUUUUGCGGGGGGCUUCCGAUCAUUCCGAAGUGGGCAGUCUCUGGAAGAAGCCAGGUUUUAAGCAAAAUUUUGGACUGUGAAGCAAGGCCUUGGGUGAAGACAAAAUGGCCUCACCGGCUGACAGCUGUAUCCAGUUCACCCGCCACGCCAGUGAUGUUCUUCUCAACCUCAAUCGCCUCCGGAGUCGAGACAUCUUGACUGAUGUUGUCAUUGUGGUGAGCCGAGAGCAGUUUAGAGCCCAUAAGACAGUCCUCAUGGCCUGCAGUGGCCUGUUCUACAGCAUCUUUACAGACCAGUUGAAGUGCAACCUUAAUGUGAUUAAUCUGGAUCCUGAGAUCAACCCUGAGGGGUUCUGCAUCCUCCUGGACUUUAUGUACACAUCUCGGCUCAACCUGCGGGAAGGCAACAUCAUGGCUGUGAUGGCCACAGCUAUGUACCUGCAAAUGGAGCAUGUUGUGGACACUUGCCGGAAGUUUAUCAAGGCCAGUGAAGCAGAGAUGGUUCCUGCCAUCAAGCCUCCUCGUGAAGACUUCCUGAACAGCCGGAUGCUGAUGCCCCAAGACAUUAUGGCCUAUCGGGGUCGUGAGGUGGUGGAGAGCAACCUGCCACUAAGGAACGCCCCGGGCUGUGAGGGCAGAGCCUUUGCCCCCAGCCUGUACGGUGGCCUGUCCACACCGCCGGCCUCUUACCCCAUGUACAGCCACCUCCCAGUCAGCAGCUUCCUCUUCGAUGAGGAGCUGCGGGAUGCCCGGAUGCCUGUGGCCAACCCCUUCCCCAAGGAGCGGGCCCUCCCCUGCGAUAGUGGCAGGCCAGUCCCUGGGGAGUAUAGCCGGCCCACCAUGGAGGUGUCCCCCAGCAUGUGCCACAGUAACAUCUAUUCACCCAAGGAGACCGUCCCAGAGGAGGCACGAAGUGACAUGCACUACAGUGUGGCUGAGGGCCCUAAGCCUGCCGCCCCUUCAAUCCGAAAUGCCCCGUACUUCCCCUGUGACAAGGCCAGCAAAGAAGAAGAGAGACCCUCCUCAGAGGAUGAAAUUGCCUUGCAUUUCGAGUCCCCCAACGCGCCCCUGAACCGGAAGGGUCUGGUUAGUCCACAGAGCCCCCAGAAAUCCGACUGCCAGCCCAACUCACCCACAGAGUCCUGCAGCAGCAAGAAUGCCUGUAUCCUCCAGACCUCCGGCUCCCCUCCCGCCAAGAGCCCCACUGACCCCAAAGCCUGCAACUGGAAGAAAUACAAGUUCAUCGUGCUCAACAGCCUCAACCAGAAUGCCAAACCAGAGGGGCCAGAGCAGGCCGAGCUGGGCCACCUUUCCCCGAGAGCCUACACUGCCCCACCUGCCUGCCAGCCGCCCCUGGAGCCCGACAACCUUGACCUCCAGACCCCAACCAAGCUCAGUGCUGGUGGGGAGGAUUCCACCAUCCCACAGGCCAGCCGGCUCAAUAACAUCGUUAACAGGUCCCUAACAGGCUCCCCCCGCAGUAGCAGUGAGAGCCACUCACCACUCUACAUGCACCCCCCGAAGUGCGUGUCCUGUGGCUCUCAGUCCCCGCAGCAUGCAGAGAUGUGCCUCCACACCGCUGGCCCCACGUUCCCCGAGGAGAUGGGAGAGACCCAGUCUGAGUACUCGGAUUCCAGCUGUGAGAACGGGGCCUUCUUCUGCAAUGAGUGUGACUGCCGCUUCUCUGAGGAGGCCUCACUCAAAAGGCACACGCUGCAGACCCACAGCGACAAGCCCUACAAGUGUGACCGCUGCCAGGCCUCCUUCCGCUACAAGGGCAACCUCGCCAGCCACAAGACCGUCCAUACCGGCGAGAAACCCUAUCGUUGCAACAUCUGUGGAGCCCAGUUCAACCGGCCAGCCAACCUGAAAACCCACACCCGAAUUCACUCUGGAGAGAAGCCCUAUAAAUGCGAGACUUGCGGAGCCCGAUUUGUACAGGUGGCCCACCUCCGUGCCCACGUGCUCAUCCACACUGGCGAGAAGCCCUAUCCCUGCGAAAUCUGCGGCACCCGUUUCCGGCACCUUCAGACCCUGAAGAGCCACCUGCGAAUCCACACAGGAGAGAAACCUUACCACUGCGAGAAGUGUAACCUGCAUUUCCGUCACAAAAGCCAGCUGCGACUUCACUUGCGCCAGAAGCAUGGCGCCAUCACCAACACCAAGGUGCAAUACCGUGUGUCGGCCACUGACCUGCCUCCGGAGCUCCCCAAAGCCUGCUGAAGCAUGGAGUGUUGAUGCUUUCCUCUCCAGCCCCUUCUCAGAAUCUACCCAAAGGAUACUGUAACACUUUAUAAUGUUCAUCCCAUGAUGUAGUGCCUCUCUCAUCCACUAGUGCAAAUCAUAGCUGAGGGCGCGGGGUGGGGGGUGGGGCCCGGGGGACCGGGAGCCACACAGCUCCCCUUCCCCCACUGCCAUAAAACAUUAAGAAAAUAAUAUCGCUUCUUCCCCUAUGUGUAAGGCGAACCAUGUCAGCGAAAAGCGAAAUCAUUUUAUAUAUCAAAGUGGGGGAGUAUGCAAAAGUUCUGACUUGACUUAGUCUGCAAAAUGAGGAAUGUAUAUGUUUUGUGGGAACAGAUGUUUCUUUUGUAUGUAAAUGUGCAUUCUUUUAAAAGACAAGACUUCGGUGUGUUAUCAAAGAGAGGGCUUUAAUUUUUUUAACCAAAGGUGAAGGAAUAUAUGGCAGAGUUGUAAAUAUAUAAAUAUAUAUAUAUAUAAAAUAAAUAUAUAUAAACCUAAAAAAGAUAUAUUAAGUCUAUAAAACUGCGUUAAAGGCUCGAUUUUGUAUCUGCAGGCAGACACGGAUCUGAGAAUCUUUAUUGAGAAAGAGCACUUAAGAGAAUAUUUUAAGUAUUGCAUCUGUAUAAGUAAGAAAAUAUUUUGUCUAAAAUGCCUCAGUGUAUUUGUAUUUUUUUGCAAGUGAAGGUUUACAAUUUACAAAGUGUGUAUUAAAAAAAAAAACAAAAAGAACAAAAAAAAAAACGCUGCAGAAGGAGAAACGUGUAAUUUUGUUCUAGUUUUCAGUGUGUACACACCAGUACAACGUGUCCUCACGGUGCCUUUUUUCACAGAAGUUUUCAAUGAUGGGCGAGUGCGCGCCAUCCCUUUUUGAAGUGUAGGCAGACACAGGGACUUGAAGUUGUCACUAACUAAACUCUCUUUGGGAACGUUUGUCUCAUCCCAUUCUGCGUCAUGCUUGUGUUAUAACUACUCCGGAGACAGGGUUUGGCUGUGUCUAAACUGCAUUACUGCAUUGUAAAAUAUAGCUGUACAAAUAUAAGAAUAAAAUGUUGAAAAGUCAA